CUGCAUCAAACAGCAGAAAAGUGCGCGAGUAAGAGAACGACAAUGUGUCUUGCUUUAUUGCAGCCCCCAAAUUAACUAUUUUCCUUUUCGAGGCGUAACAUCCCAUGUACAUAAUUGAACGUUUUGUAUUAUCGUUGUACAGAUUUAACAGCCAAAAAGGGAAAGUCUCCCGUACCUAAGGGGCUAAACCUACCCUCUUUUCCCUUUAUCCCCGCCCACCUUGGCACGGAUUGUUUGCAUGUAAAAAAAAAAAAAAAAAAAAAAAAGACAAAAGUCACGCAAAUCUCAAUUAUGACAAGAAAACAAUACACACCCGGGCGACAUUACAAUAGAAAUUGGAAGAAGUGUGUUUGAAAAAAAAAAUAAAUCGUUGCGGGAUUGAAAAUUGGCAUAUGCGUCCAUUGUAACAGUCGAUGGACUGGUUCCUGAGCUGAAGAAACUGGGAGAAAAGUUUGGCAAAAGUUUGAAGCUUUUUUUCUCUGUGCAUGGAUGGAAGGCUAACACUAACAAAUGCAGGGGAAAAGUCCAGCAGAGGUCAGAAUGCAGUGUUUGCUUGCUUGGAUUAUCGUUUAAUUAUCUCAGGUUCUGUGGUAAGUACUUUUUUUUUUGUUUGGAAGUGUAUGCAGAAAACAGAAGAUGGGGGAUUAAAGCUAUCGCUUUUAUGGAUUACAAUGAAAGAAAAGAUUGGGUCAGUGAAAUAAAAAAAAAAUUGGAAAAACGCAGAUAAAAGGACAUACAAUGGCGGGAAUGGAGCCGGAGAAAAAGGCGACUGUGUAUCGAAGCGUUUCUUUUAAAAAACUGGAAAGCUGGAGCGCAAAUAAAACGAGUCUGACUUCAGAGAAUGAACAACACAAAUCAAAAGGUUUACCGAGCUGCGCCCAUCCCCCUACAGCAACAGCAGCAGAGAAAGUGCAGCCCUUGGCUACGCGUUUCGUCAGUGUGUCAAGAAAAGUUUCCAAAAUCUCAGCCGCUAGCGUUUCAACCACAGGUUUUAAGAAAAGCACUCCUCAUUGCAUUUCGCCUUCAAUACGCCAGCUUUCUGAGCGCUUUACUGGUAUAAGAAGAGAAAGGACGGGCACGUCAGCUGCUACCAGCAUUAGUAAGACUGCUGCCGGGGUCCCGAAAUACACAAUUCAGCAAAGAAAUACAGCUUGUGAUGAGGGGCUACCUCCACAGAAGCAGCAGGAGGGGAAAGCAGCUUUGCUGGUCUCUGGUGAAGAUUUAUUAGAGACUUCUGCGUGCAACGCUCAGGAACAAAAACAUUCCAUUUGUGAUUCGAUUACAACCCCGGGGAUUGAACAAGUUCAAAGUGAGACUGUUGCUACUAGAACUGCCGCUUUAACCACCAAAGACGCAGGUAAGAAAGACUCUUUGCAAACUACUUCUGUUGGUUUCAUUGGGGCUGUAAACACAGAAGACGAUGUUUUUGUUGCUGGGACUCUCGGUUGCAAGCCGCAGCCAAACACUAGUUCAACAGCAGACUGUACCUGUGCUGAAAUGACAUACUGGCCAAGUGUUACAAAAAUGCGCAAAUUGUUUGGGGACGGCCAUAGGAAACAACACAGGUCUACAUCACACGCUGAUGAUCUUAAGUCUGUGAGUCAGCAUGUUGCUAUUUUAAAAGAGAGUGGGCUUGCAGAUAUAAAAGAGACACCGCCAAAACAUUGGCAUGCAGCUGACCAUGAUAGUAACCUGUGCUGCAUGGAAACAAAACAAACAUUUCAAAGCAGCAAGGAGGCAAGACAUUUGGAGAUGGACGCCGCUACCACCCCCCUUUCCAAUGCAGUUCCCCACCGCAGCCAGCAGUCACCUGAAGGAUACAGAACUAGGAGUCCUGACAUGAAUGUAGAUCAUUGGACUGGAAAGUUAAAUAGUGACCCAAAGCCCCCUCCCCCAACACCACCGCCCAGGAGCAGCUCUGUUCCGUUUUCCCUGAAAAUGCACUCGCUUUCCUUUGGUCUGCAACACAAACAAGAGGCAAGACAGCAAUCAGAUAGUUUACAUUCUUUGCAUAGUUCUUCCAAGCCACCCCCUGCCCCCCCUGCUCCUGCCAGCAGUAAAGUUAGCUCCAGUGAGGAGGACGAUUCCUACAGCAAAGGCAGCUUCCCGUUUCUGUAUAGUAGUGUUAGCAAGAAUGGCUCCCGGGCCAGGUCCCUCGGGAGGUCUUCUGGCAGCGAGGAGGACAGCUCGCUGCCAGUAGCCCACAACAGGGACAACAUCAGGCGGAGAUCCCUCAGGAAAAAGAAGAAGAAUGUGUUGGGGAGCAGAGAUAAUGGGGAGUCUGAUGACAGCGAUGAUGGACCAGUGAUGGAGCCCUUAGAGAGACGCCAGCGCCCCUAUGACUUGGACUAUUUGCAGUGCAAAGAUAGUGAGAGAUCCAGAUCCAUGUACAAUGCCACUAUGGGGGCAGACCAUGCCACUUCUUUUACCUCACCACCUCGGGAGCGCAGACCUUGCCCCUCCCUGGAAAGCAGUAACCUCUCCCAACGUUCUGGAGAUGCUGAGAGCUAUAAAAGGCAUCACAGGGGUGUGUCCGAAGGUGGCAUCAGCCCUGCAGGUUCUUUCCAUGGAUCUUCAAGGGAUUCGCCCAUCCCAGGGGUCUCCCGCAUUGCCAAAGUCAAUAUUCCUUCAUUUUUGGACAGCCCAUGCGGUUCUAGAAACAGCAGCAGGCAUUCUAGCACAGAGACGCUUAAAGAAGAAGACCAGCGUACCACCAGCUCUGCUGUGACUACUUCUAAAAGCUUCCACGGCAAUUUUACCUUGUACCGCUAUCCCAGCUUCAGCCACUGUGACAUUAUUUCCAGACCCCAGGGGCGAGUUCGUCCGAAUCUGCCGUUUGGUAAUGUUCAAGGCAAACCUGACUAUUCAGCAGAAAGCAGAAGCCACCACCAUCACGUACUUGUGAGUGACAAGUCGAAGCACAGGAUGUCUAUGUCGAAUCCUGACAUUGCAUCAGAGACAAUGACAUUACUUAGUUUCCUCAAAACCGACCUUUCAGAGCUGAGAGUGCGAAAAAAGGGCAGAGGUGUUGACACAAGUGGUGGCAACUAUCGAGACAGUUAUCAGAACAUGUUAGCUCAUUCACCGACGUAUAGAACCAGGGGAACCCCAAAGAGCUCUUAUCACCUGUCUCCUCAUGGUCGCCCGUCUCUUAAAGACCUGACAGCCACACUAAGGCGGGCCAAGUCAUUUACUUAUUCUGAAAAGCCAGUGGGGAGAUCAGACAGGGAAACAGUGAAGCCAAGCUCCUCUGAGCUGAUGCUGUCUAGCAUGGGGGACGGCGAUGCUGCCAUAUCAGACAGGGAAGUGGAAAGUGAUGUGGGUCAAAGAGAUGAUGACGGCACGCUGCCCUACCAAACACAGGACCAGUAUAUCCAAGAAGCCAGACAAGUGUUUAAAGAUAUUAGCCAGAUUGGGACUCGGGAGGAGUAUAGCUAUGGAAUGGAUUACAAGGAAGGUGAAAGUUUCAGAGAGAUUGAGGAAGCUGAUGGACAGCUGCAGAAGGAGAUUGGUGCAGCAUUUUUGGUGGAAAAAAGAGAAAGUGAGAAAUGCUUAAGGAAAGGGGAAUCUGAAGAAAACUUGUCCUGUGGGAAAUCAGUGGAUGAACUCUCUGGCCACGAGUCAAGUUUGACUGAUGAAGGAAUCGUGACUGAGCCUGAGAUGGGUCCAUGUGGCAGUGCUUUGGGCAAGGACAUUUUGGGGCAGCCGUUGACAGUGUGGAAACAGCCCAGCAGUGCCCUUCAAAGAGAGGACCAGUCUGAUCUACAACCUGGAGGAAACCCCCCUCCAUCCGUGCCAGCAGUCAGGACAGACAAUGAGAACAUGGCAAUAGCAGGGGAGACACCUUGCAGUAAAAGUGCUAGCCAAGGGCCACUGGAAGCCCCUUCAACCCCAAGUGCAAUUCGUAGAAGGAGGACAUUUUCAUCUGCAGGCAACAAUGGGUCAGAUUCCAGUAAUGGAAGCAACGGUGAAUCAAGCGGAGAAACUUUCAGGUCCCUUAGCGACCCCAUGCCACACAGGAGGUGCUUAAUCUCAGAAGAUAACAAUAACUUUUCAGUGGACAGCAACUUACUGGGCUCUCUGAACUCCAAGAGUGGAAUCCCUGAAUUUUCUGCAACUGAUUUGUAUGAGUGCACAGGAAGUGCAGCCAGCGACCUGUCUGUUUGUAGCGAUGGCCUGAAGGAUUACAAUACAGUAAUUCAGAGCAUAGUUAGCGAGCCAGGGGCCAUGGAUAAGCUGAUUGACGAGAAGGGCAAUGGGAAGAUGGUCAAGAAGAAAUCCUUUAGCGAUCCCAGUCGCCGUGGGGAGUCGGACACUCCUGGAUUUAAAGGCCCAAGCGAACCCAUCAACGAAAUGGAGCAAGCCAUUCUGCCAUCCAGCAGCGAACCCAUUCUCUCAGAACAGUGGGAUGAGGUGGGAGAGCUGGAGGAGCUUGGCAGACAAGACAGGAAACCUUGCUCCCAAUCUGAACAUGUGCUGCCCUCAUACCUGGAACAGGAUGCACUGGAAGGGGCCUCUGGCUUUCCUUUCGACCCAAAGCUGGCUGAAGUCCUGUCACCCCGCAUGAUGAGACGCAGCAACAAGAAGCGCAACAACCGUGCCACGCAUCAGGAGGGGAAAGAGCAGCAGCAGCAAUUAGCUGAAACUGGGCACCAUCAACCCGACAAGCCCAGGCCUGCCUCCAAGCAUGUGAGGCAUGCUAGCGAGCCUGCCACCUUUAUCCCCAUCAUGACCCCCGAAUCCCACUUGUCUCAAAGCCAUCCAGUUCACAUAACUGCCCCUGAACCUUCUAGGCAACCCCAGAAACCGUUCCACAUCGUCCAGGCUCCGUCUUUGGAGGACGUUACCAAGCAGUACAUGUUGGCGCUGAAUUCCGGCGACUCGCCACUGCCUGCUGCCACGGAUACUUCAAGGUCUACACCUGUCACUCCAACUACAGCAGAGCCUAAGUUACUGCAGAAGCCCAGCGAAGAACUGAACCCCACAGCCAACAAAAGCAAGCCCCAAGUGGUGAGUGAGAAGAUUGUUUUUGUAAUUAUUAUUUUAUUCAGUAUGGAUAAUUUAAAGAUUUGGAAUCAGGUUGAGUAA